CAUAGGUGGCAGGGAAGAAGGGCAGGGCUCCACCUGAGCACAGCAUCGCCCACCUCAGAGGGCAAGGUUACAGCGAGGAAGUACUUUGGGGCCUGGACUUAGACCCUUCCUGGUCACCACGUUCUCCUGCUGGGUGUAGACGAGGCUCAGCCUUCCUUCUGCGUGAGUCUAGCGUGUGCUCAGCGUGUAGACCGCGUGUAAUAUCUGGUCUUUUAGAGGGAAGAGGAGACAAGACGAACGGCUGGCUCUGCCUCAGAUCUCCGCCGCCCUAGUGGGUACCUUCUUCUGUGAGGUCAGGGUGCUGCUCAGAGGGGAAGGGCACUGUGACGGCACAGCCGGACCUCUAAGAACUCAGAAAGCUGGGCAGCGGGAAGCCUCAGUAACAUCGCAGCGGGGACACAAGGUGGACCCGGGCCAUGAGAAUUUGAGAGGCCAUGAGAGGCUGAGGCCAUGCCGAAACGAGACGUAAUCCUCACCAAUGUCACCGUGGUCCAGCUGCGGCGACACGGUGGCAAAUCACAGCAAACAGAAUCAGAAACAAAUGCAGCAUCAGUUUCAGGCAAGACUGGAUCCCAUGGCCAAGCGUCUCCCAGAGUAAUACGCGGAAGUUCUGGGUUAACAGUGGGCAUCAAUGGAUUCGGACGUAUUGGGCGUCUGGUGCUGCGAGCCUGCAUAGAGAAAGGAAUAAAAGUUGUCGCAGUGAAUGAUCCAUUCAUCGACGUCAACUACAUGGAAUAUAUGUUCAAGUAUGACUCUACUCAUGGUCCAUUCUUCGGUUCUGUUGAAGUUAAGGACGGAAAGUUGGUGGUAAACAAACAGGAGAUUCGUGUCUUCCAGUGCACGCAACCUGAAGAAAUCCCCUGGAAGACUGCUGGAGCCCUGUACGUGGUAGAAUCCACUGGAUUGAACCUCACAACAGAAAAAGCCUCGGCCCACAUCAAGGCUGGAGCUCGUCGAGUGGUGAUCUCUGCUCCAUCCCCUGAUGCUCCCAUGUUUGUCAUGGGUGUUAAUGAGAACACCUAUAACCCCAACAACAUGACUGUUGUCAGUAAUGCCUCCUGUACCACCAAUUGCCUGGCCCCCAUAGCCAAGGUCAUCCAUGAUAAUUUUGGGAUAGUGGAGGGACUUAUGACCACAGUUCAUUCUUACACAGCAACACAGAAGACUGUGGAUGGUCCCUCAGUCAAGUCGUGGCGGGAUGGCAGAGGUGCCCACCAGAACAUUAUCCCAGCCACCACUGGUGCUGCCAAAGCUGUAGGAAAAGUCAUCCCUGAACUUGACGGGAAAAUAACAGGGAUGGCAUUCAGGGUCCCAGUCCCUGACGUCUCUGUCGUGGACCUCACAUGCCGGCUAAGUCGCCCAGCCAAUUAUGAUACCAUUAAGGAGGCUAUGAAGAAAGCAUCCAGGGGGCAGAUGGCUGGUAUCCUCAGCUACACCGAGGAUGAGGUGGUCUCUUCUGACAUCAUCGGAAACCCUCAUUCAUCUAUAUUUGAUGCCAAGGCCGGCAUAUCUCUCAAUGACAACUUUGUCAAACUUAUCUCCUGGUAUGACAACGAAUACGGUUACAGCCACCGGGUGGUCGAUCUUAUGAGUCAUAUGAACAGCAAAGAGAAGUGAGGGGGAGGGGAGCCCCGCUUCUGAGUCUACCCACGCAGGGCACAGUGUGCUCCUUCCCCUCACCGCCGGGACCUCAUUCUGGUGUGGUCCGCCGGGGUCGCCCCCUCCCCUCCACCCCCAAUGCGAGCAUCUCCAUCAGCUGUCCCUGUCCUGCCAACACUCACACCCACCACUUCCCGGGCUGUGCUUGGGGUCGGGGGUCACCGUGUCCGUUGUGUGUGUGUCUGUGUGUGUACGUAUCUCCUCCUGAGAACUACUCCCUGCCCUUCCAGCACCGCUCCUCCCCGCUCCUUCCCUCAGGGGCGACUCCACAUGAGGGUACCCGAGAGAUAGUGCCAACAUGUCCAAUAAACAUCUCAGCACCCGAUAGGAAGCUACCUCUGGCGGCUCUGUAUGCCGCAGUGUGUGUGGUCACCUCCGCCUAUGGUUGUCGGGGUGUCUUUCCCG